AUGACCGAAACAAAAGCAAAAGCACCGAUCACGAAUGUCAUUGCUUACUUAAUGACAGAGUUUUCUUCAUGCUGUGCUUCAUUGCUAAUAGUUUUUUAUACAGAUAAAUGCGUUGAAUUACUCCGAGUAGUCUGGCGUAUAUUAAUAUAUAGUAGUGUUACAGGGCGAGACCCGAUUGAAAAGCUCGCUCAAUAUAUUAAGGAAAAUGAAGAUAAUCUUGAACCCGAAGAGAUAAAUACGCUAGCGUAUAACUUAGCUAAAACAGCUCCUACUGUAAUAGCUCAAUCCUCAC